AUGAAAUAUAUUGAUAAUCCUGUCUUAUAUAAGUCAAAUUAUUAUGAUAAUUUCUUUAAUGUAAGUAACUUCAAUUAUUAUGGAGAUUGUGGAAAAAUAUUUAAAUAUAAAAGACAUAACUCACGAGAUUUAUUAUUUUAUGGGAUUGGAUAUAAUGCUGAACAAUGGAAAAGAAAUAAACCUCAAUUAAUACGUGCUUUAGGAAUUACUUGUAAUAGUAUUCCAUUUGCAACAAAAGUAAUGAUUAAUUUUAAAGAACCGCCACCACAAGACCUUCAAAAAGAGUUUAAUAAAUAUAAAGUUCAAGUUAUUCAAAAACCAAUUAACAAUGAAAAUCCUGUGAAUCAAAGAUAUAUAGAGUAUUAUUAUUAUUUACUUAAAUAUAAAAAGAACUUUGAUAGAGUAUUAAUUAUUGAUAUUAGAGAUGUCUUUAUAUUUGGUGAUAUUUUUUCUACAUUCUCAAGUCAAGAAAUAGUGUUUUCAACUCAGUGUUAUGGUAUAAAAAAUAAUGAAACUCGUUGUAAUUAUUUUGGUCAACCUGGAUAUCCUUAUAAUGAUGAAUGGCUUGAGAAAGGAUUUAAUAAAGAAAUUAGAAACCAGUUUUGUAAAAAUAAAUAUAUUAGUCUUAAUGCUGGUGUAGUUCUUGGAGGUAUUGAACCUAUGUUUGAAUUUUUAAGAAUAAUGAAAGACUCGUUAUUGUCUCGUAAAGAAAAACUUUCUUUUUGGGGAAUUGAACAAGCAACAUUAAAUUAUUUAUAUUAUACUAAUGCCUUUAAAAAACUAAAUACAACAGUAGAUCAAUGUACUCAAAGAACCUGCUUCUCAGAUUGGCAUAAUGGAAUGUAUAACAACAAAACAAAAAUCAUGUACAGUUCAUUGAAUGGAUGUUCCCCUGUAUUGCGUCAUAAAAUAAAAUCAACAAACCAUCCUAUUGUACUUACUUAA